AUGGACGGCAGAGGAAGACGAGGAACCGACGGCUCCUUUAAGCGCUCCUCCAUCAAACGCAGCGCCUCGUCUGGAUCGCAGAGGCUACAGAGAGCUUGGAUCGAGAAAACCUUUCAGAAGAGAGAAUGUGCGCACAUCAUCACCGGAAAAGACCCCAGCAGGUGCGGCUGCGGCCAGCCGGUGGCGCAGCACUCACCGUCGGGUGACGGGCAGGGGCCGGGCGAGGAGGGGCGGGUGGACGGCCCCCCGGUGCGACUGGAGGUCCAGGCCAAGGAGCGCUGGAGCCCCCUCAAGCACACGCGGGCCUCGCCCACCGACGCCUACGGUGUCAUCGAGUUCCAGGAGGGCGGACACGUCAACAAGGCCAUGUACAUCCGCGUUUCCUUCGACACCAAGCCCGAGUCACUGCUGCAGCUGAUGGUUAAGGAGUGGUCGCUGGAGCUCCCCACGUUGCUCAUCUCGGUGCACGGGGGGCUGCAGAACUUCGAGCUGCCGCCCAAACUGCGGCAGGUCUUCGGACGCGGCCUGAUCAAAGCCGCCGUCACCACCGGCGCCUGGAUCUUCACCGGCGGCGUCAGCACCGGCGUCAUCCGGCACGUGGGCGACGCCCUGAAGGACCACUCGUCCAAGUCUCGCGGCAAAGUGUGCGCCAUCGGCAUUGCGCCGUGGGGCAUCGUCGACAACAAGGACGACCUCCUCGGCAGGGAUGUGUCGCGUCCGUACGGGACCAUGGGCAACCCGCUGAGCAAGCUGGCGGUGGUCAACAGCAGCCACUCGCACUUCAUCCUGGCCGACAACGGCACGAGCGGCAAGUACGGCGCCGAGGUGCGCCUUCGCCGACAGCUGGAGAAGCACGUGGCAUUGCAGAAGAUCAACACGCGUCUGGGUCAAGGUGUCCCCGUGGUGUGCCUGAUCUUGGAGGGGGGGCCCAACGUUAUCUCCAUCGUGCUGGAGAGCUUGCGGGAGGAGCCCCCUGUCCCCGUGGUGGUGUGCGACGGCAGCGGGCGAGCGUCCGACAUCGUCUCCUUCGCGCACAGAUAUUGCCACGACGACGGGUCUGUGAGCGAGAGCGUGAAGGAGCAGCUCCUGGUCACCAUUCAGAAGACCUUCAACUACGGUCGCAGCCAAGCGCAGCAGAUCUUCCUCAUGGUCAUGGAGUGCAUGAAGAAGAAAGCUCUGAUCACCGUCUUCCGCAUGGGCAGCGAAGGCCAGCAGGACAUCGAGAUGUCCAUCCUCACCGCGCUGCUCAAAGGCACCAACGCGUCGGCGUGCGACCAAUUGAGUUUGGCUCUGGCGUGGAAUCGCGUGGACAUCGCUCGCAGUCAGAUCUUCGUGCACGGACACCACUGGCCGCCGGUGACCCUGAGCGAGCGCCCCAAAAGUCCGGCGGCCCAGCGCGCGGCGGCGGCGGUGCCGGCCAAGGGGAAAGCCCGAGGGAAGAAAGGAAAGGCGGGGAAAAACAAAGCGGAACCCCCGGAGGAGACGGACCCCAGGAAGUUGGAGCUGCUCGGCUGGGUCAACUCUCUGGAGCAGGCCAUGAUGGACGCGCUGGUGUUGGACCGCGUGGACUUUGUGAAACUUCUCAUCGAGAACGGCGUCAACAUCCAUCACUUCCUCACCAUCCCCCGUCUGGAGGAACUCUACAACACGAAGCUGGGGCCCGCCAACACGCUGCACUUUGUGGUCCGAGAUGUCAAGAAGGGGAACCUCCCUCCGGACUACCAGAUCACCUUGAUCGACAUCGGAUUGGUUCUGGAGUUCCUGAUGGGCGGAGCUUAUCGCUGCAAUUACACCAGGAAGACCUUCAGGACGCUCUACAACAACCUGUACGGCCUGAAGAGGCCCAAAGCCCUGAAGCUUCUCGGCAUGGAGGAUGACGAGCCUCGUCCCAAGGGCAAGAAGAACAAGAAGAAGGAGGAGGAGGUGGACAUCGACGUGGACGACCCCGAGGUGAGCCGCUUCCAGUACCCCUUCCACGAGCUGAUGGUGUGGGCCGUGUUGAUGAAACGCCAGAAGAUGGCGCUCUUCUUGUGGGAGCGCGGCGAAGAGGCCAUGGCUAAAGCGCUGGUGGCCUGCAAGCUCUACAAGGCGAUGGCCCACGAGUCGUCCCAGAGCGAGCUGGUGGAUGACAUCUACCAGGAUCUGGAGAACAAUUCCAAGGAAUUUGGCCAGCUGGCCUACGAACUUCUGGAACAGUCGUACAAACGCGACGAGCAGGUGGCCAUGAAGCUGUUGACCUACGAGCUGAAGAACUGGAGCAACUCCACCUGUCUCAAGCUGGCCGUGGCCGCCAAACACCGAGACUUUAUCGCCCACACGUGCAGCCAGAUGCUGCUCACCGACAUGUGGAUGGGAUGUCUACGCAUGGGCAAGAGCAAUAGCCUCAAGGUGAUUUUAGGAAUCGUCUUUCCUCCCGCCAUCCUCCUGCUGGAGUUUCGCAUCGGCGACGAGACGUCCUUCCACUCGUCCAAGGAGAACGAGAGCGGCAGAGGCAGAGACGACGACAACAAGUCUGGCAAAGACGCCGGUUCCAACGUGGACGCCGUGUCCAAGAAAGGAGACGAGGAGGACAACCAGAAGAAAGGGGGCAAGAGGGUUCCCGUCGGGAGGAAGAUUUACGAGUUUUACAACGCUCCCUUCACCAAGUUCUGGUUCAACACGAUCUCCUACCUGGUGUACCUGAUGCUUUACAACUAUAUCAUCCUGGUGAAGAUGGAGCGCUGGCCCUCGCUCCAGGAGUGGAUCGUCAUUUCCUACAUCAUCACGCUGGGCCUGGAGAAGGUCCGACAGAUCCUGAUGUCAGAGCCAGGGAAGCUGAAGCAGAAGAUCAACGUUUGGCUGGAGGACUACUGGAACAUCACGGACCUGGUGGCCAUCUGGGUUUUCGUGCUGGGCCUGUUGCUGCGGCUGCAGAACGAACCCUACAUGGGCUACGGUCGCGUCAUCUACUGCGUGGACAUCAUCUUCUGGUACAUUCGCGUGCUGGACAUCUUUGGCGUCAACAAGUACCUGGGACCCUACGUCAUGAUGAUCGGGAAGAUGAUGAUCGACAUGUUGUACUUUGUGGUGAUCAUGCUGGUGGUCUUGAUGAGCUUCGGCGUGGCGCGCCAGGCCAUCCUGCACCCGGACGAGGAGCCCACUUGGCGCCUGGCGCGCAACAUCUUCUACAUGCCCUACUGGAUGAUCUACGGCGAGGUGUUUGCCGACUCCAUAGACCGUAAGACUAGAAUUCAUAUUUACGCCAUGGAGAUCAAUCCUCCGUGCGGGGACAACAUGUACGACGAGGACGGGAAGAAGCUCCCCCCGUGUAUCCCGGGCGCUUGGCUGACGCCGGCCAUCAUGGCCUGCUAUCUGCUGGUGGCCAAUAUCCUUCUGGUGAACCUGCUCAUCGCCGUCUUCAACAACACGUUCUUUGAGGUGAAGUCGAUAUCCAAUCAAGUGUGGAAGUUCCAGCGCUACCAGCUGAUCAUGACCUUCCACGACCGGCCCAUCCUACCGCCUCCCCUCAUCGUCUUCCCGCACGUCUUCAUCGUCCUAAAGCGCCUCUGCUGCCGGUGCCUGCGUGGGCGGCGACCGCGCCGCGACCGCGACGACAACCAGAGACGCCUACAGCUCCUGCUGGGCGCGGACGAGCUGAAAAGUCUCCACGAGUUCGAGGAGCAGUGCGUGGACGAGUACUUCCGAGAAAAGGACGACGAGAAGCAGUCGUCCAACAACGAGCGCAUCCGCGUCACCUCCGAGAGAGUGGAGAACAUGUCGAUGCGCCUGGAGGAAGUUAACGAGCGCGAGCACUCCAUGAAGGCGUCCCUGCAGACGGUGGAUCUCCGGCUGGCGCAGCUGGAGGAGUUUUCGGCCCGCAUGAUGGGCGCUUUGGAGAAGCUGGCGGGCGUGGAACCGCCCGCGGUAGCCGCCCGGGACGCUUUGGCGGCCCGCGACGUCUCGCCGUGCCGCCGCGGCAGCUUCGCCAGCGCCGACGGCGGGAGCCUCUACCGCUUUCGGUUGGAACACGACGCCGGCUUCGAUGCCGGCGACGCCGCCUCGGUGACGGGGAGUCCGGAGAGACGGCGCCCCGAUCUCGCCGCGCCCUCUCCGGGCGAGGUCCGAUCCACGCCGGACGGGGCUCGUCGCUCCGUCCGCUCUCCGUCCAACGUGGACAUCCGGGUCUCGCCUUGCCACGGCGACCGGGUAGAGGCGGACGACGACGACGACGGCGGCAAGUUCCCCGCGCUCCGAUCCAAGAGCCUCAACAUUAACGCCAGGAAGAGAAGUGAGGAGCGGCCGCGCGCCGCCGCCAGCCUCGUCGACCUCGUCGACAUCGAUGGGCGGCGAGAAUAG